CUGAGAAGUUCUGCCGAUUACAAGUCGUCUGUUGAAUCCUUGCUAACAUGUAAGUCAUCAUAUUUAAUUAGUUUGGAGAUCCACUGAAUCCAUCUUAAAUGCUCACGUGAUGUCACUGAAAUUUUUAAAGAUCUAAAAUAAUUCAACAUAUGUUCCUACUCAACAAGUUUAUAUGAAGUUUUGAACCAAAAUUUUCAGGUCUUAGAGAAGCAAUAAAUUAUUUGUCUUAGAGAGCCAAUGAAUUACUUCGUAGUGACAUUUGACAUAAGCUUGACGUAAUGAGAUCAUUACUGAGUGACCACAAAGAAAUUAGUGCGCACAGACAAUUGACAAGACAAACAAGUGACAACGUGGACAAAUUACAACAUGGCCAAAUGACUACACGGUCAAAUGAUCACACGGGAAAAACACGGACUCAUGAACACAUGCGAGAACUGAUCACACAGACAAGAGGCCACACAGACAUAAGUUCAUACAAUUAAGUGACAACAUGGACAAAUGACUACACAGACAUGUGAACAGAUUGGCAAGACCCCACAUAGAAAUGUGAAAGCACAGGCAAGUAAAGACACGAACGAAUAACGACACGGACAAUAGCGACAUGGACAAAUGACGGCAUGGACAAAUGACGACACGGAAAAAUGACGACAUGGACAAAUGACGACAUGGACUUAUGACGAUACGGGCAAAUGACGACAUAGACAAAUGACAACACGGACAUUUGAACACAUUGACAAGACCCCACAUAGAAAUGUGAAAGCACAGGCAAGUAAAAAACACGAACGAAUGACGACAAGGACAAAUGACGACAUGGACCAAUAACGACACGGACAAAUGACGACACGGACAAAUGACGACAUGGACAAAUGACGACACGGACAAAUGACGACAUGGACAAAUGUAGAUAUGGAAACAUGACGACAUGGGCAAAUGACGAUACGGGCAAACGACGACAUGAACAAAUGACGACAUGGAUAAAUGAUGACAUGGACAAAUGACUAUAUGGACAAAUGACGACAUGGACAAAUGACGACAUGGACAAAUGACGAAUGGACAAAUGACGACACGGACAAAUGACGACAUGGACUAGUUACCACACGGACAGGGGACCCAAUGAACAAAUAGCCACACGGAUAAAAAUCUAUACCAAAAAAUUACCACACAAAGAAAUGACAACAUAGACAAGUAAACACACUGACAGUUGACUACGCUGACAAUGGAAAACACGGACAAAUGAGCACACUGACAAAUGACCACAUAAACAAGUGACCACACGGAUAAAAGGCCACACUGACAAAUGUCUACUUGGACAAGUGACCACAUGGACAAAAUAACACUCAAAUAAAUGACCACAAGGUAAAUUACCACACGGUUGCCAUAGACAACUGAACGCAAAGGCAACUCAAAUCCUAGACAACUGAACUCAUAGACUAGACACAUGAUCUCACAGAACAAUGACCACACAGACAACUAAACUCAGAGAGAACUGAAAUCAUAGACAACUAAACUCAUAAACAAAUGACAACAUAGAUGACUGAACUCAUAGACUAGACGAAUGAUCUCACAGACAAAUUACGACAUAGACAACUGAACUCAGAGAGAACUGAAAUCAUAGACAUCCGAACUCAUAGACAACUGACCGCAUAGACACCUGAACUCAAAAACACUUUAACUCACAGACAACUAAAAUCACAGACAACUGAACUAUACGACAACUGAAAGCACGCACAACUGAAAAAACAAAUUAACUGUCUAUCACACGUAUAACAUGUCUAUAAGCGCUUUUAACACGUCUAUAGGCGUCUAUUACACGUAUAACAUGUCUAUAGGCGUCUAUUACACGAAUCUUGUACAUAUUUUCUACUAAUGGAAAAAAAUGACUGGCAAUAAAUUGGAAAAUAACUAAUGACACUGGUACAAUGAGCGCUUUUAAUGGAUUCUUUAUUUAUUUUUUAAAUACAUUUUUACAACAUUGAUAUCGUCACUGACUUAAAAGGUCCCUAUUGUGUUGUAUCUUUGUGUUCUUUAAAAGGAAUAUAUCCAUGCAUUUUUAUGUAUUGACUCUCGUUUGAUGAUAUUUCAUGGAGUUGACUUUAUAUGUUUGACCAUGAAAAUAUAACCAGUAGGACUGCAACAGCAUCUUAAUCAGUGAAUUUUGCAAAUACUUAUGGUGCUAAAGAGAGAAAUAUAUAUAUAUAUAUAUAUAUAUAUAUAUAUAUAGAGAGAGAGAGAGAGAGAGCGAGAGAGAUAUAUAUAGAGAGAGAGAAAGAGAGAGCAAGAGAGAAAGUGAGAGAGAAAGAGGAGAGAGAGAGCAAGAGAGAAGAGAGAGGGAGAAAGAGAGAGAGAAAGAUAGAGAGAGAAAAAGAGAGAGAAAGAGAGAGAAAGAGAGAACGAGAGAAAAAGAGAGAACGAGAGAGAGAGAAAAAGCGAGAGAAAGAGAGUGAGAGAGAGAGAGAGAGAGAGAGAGAGUGAAGCAACCAUAUCAAUGACUACUUGGUUCAUCCUUUCUUUCGGCUAAAAACGAAACAAAAAAAAAGUCCAGUACAGUUUAGCCAAAAAUUCCUUAAUCAUUGAGACUGGUUUGACAUGAUGAGGGACUUCCCACUCCAUCAUCCACCCUACAAAGCAUAACACGGGAAAAACUAAAUUACCGGGUUCGUGAAGAGGACUUAUCCAAGAACAUGGGACAAUUGUUAGGAUCUAGACUCCCAAAUGGAAUUUUCUAGAAAAAAGAUUUUAAAUUACUCUAUAUCGAAAGCGUCACUAGCAGAUGGAGCGUUUCUUCAGAAAGUAAUCUGGUUUUCUAUUCCAAUACCGAGGACCUAAAAUAUCACUCAUGACGCACAAGAAUGGAGACUAAGAGUGUAAUCUUUGAAUCUAUGUUUUUACACAAUGGAAAACCUUGUUUUAUCUAUACCAGUAGAAGUAGAUGAUGCUUUCCACAUGAACGGGACACAUUAUAGCUUAAUUCAGCUACUGAAUUCCAUUGAAUACAACAAUAACAGUAGAAAAAUAUCUGUUAAUUUAAAGGUACGAUCCGUUUAUUGGGACUGCUACAGGGACAUAAAAAAUCCACGCGCUACUUAUGUCAUUUGGAGAGUCCAGCAAGAGAAUUGCACCACUUGCGGAAGGAAUGACAUUGCAGACAAAAUGUAGCAUUUGCAGAAACAAUAUCAAGCAUGGAUCUUGAGGAAAACUCCCAAAAGCAAUCUAUCAAGCCUUCGCAUCAGACUUGGUUUAAUGAAGAUCUUCAUGAAAGCCAUAGUCCUGACUUCGCCAGCUUUUCGAUACCUGCAGGAAAAAAUAACCAUCGAAUCAGGGAAGUAAAUAUUAGAGAGGGUAUUUUUGUCAAUGCAAAGGAAAGCCAUUGCAUAGUUGGUUUCCUGAUUUGUCAAAAAGUUCAGAUUUACCAUUUUAGGUAUUAUAGUGGAAGUUUCGUAAAGGCAAUAGUUCUAAAGGCUUCAGAGUCUAUGGUUAUAGUUGAGAUAUACCAUAGGCCUCCGUACUAUAGACUAUAAUGUAUAUAUAUAUAUAUAUAUAGUUAUAUAUAGUUAUAGAAUUAUUAUAGUAUAUGAUAUUGUACUAUAGACUUUAGAAUCUAUAUUUAUAGUAUUUGUAUGCUCCCACCUGGGGCGAUAGACUACAUUACUGUAGUGGCGUGAUGACAAAAGAGGCGCCCCCACAGACACCUGGCGCUACCAUGGGAACAAAGCCACCAUUGUAUGAGCCUGUGAGGGCAGACAAAGGGCAUGCCUGAUGUCUACCAAAAAUGGUAGCAUCUAUUGUGCUGCUACCAGCUGUGGACAUGUUGCCGCUGACGACAUGAGGUUGUUUUGAGCUACCACAGGCCAAUGAUUCUAUAUAGGCAGCACUUACGGAGGCUUCAAGCGCUUCCACGGGAUGGGCAGGGAAAAAGAGUUAGGACGUACAUAUAACAUACCGACCCCUUGGGCAGCCUGUAGCUGAUGUUAGGAGAGCAACAUCACCGACCGACCGGACAACCUUAGGGUGCGAGGGCUCAUGCAAAACAAAGUCCGUCGAGUGAAGUUUCGGGCGUGGGUUGUACCAGCAUGAGGAGCUCUUCCAUGCGCCGCUUAGUGGCCCGAUAGUUAGGAGCUAUUCAAGCCUGAGGAGCUUUUGAGCUCAAGGACUCGCUGACGUUAUUUUCUAGCGCACAUAAUAUGUAGUCUAUUUGCAUCAAGCAGUCGGUGUCAGAAUGACACACAUUUUCCUCAAAAUUCCUGACUAAUUUCUUUAAAGACCAGAUUUGAAAAUAUUAUAACACCGAAAUUAACACUUUGUUCGGUUCCAGGGAAAUUAUGAAGUUUCUCGGGAUUUUACUGAUAUCUGUGUUGCCCUUGACUUUGACGCAGUUACCAACGCAGUUACCAGCGCUGUCUUCGCUCCCAAACUUCCAAGUGGCCAAUUUAACGUUUAGAGUUAUCGACAGAAAUAAUAACGGCAUCAUGGAACUUACGGAGUGCAAUACCAGUUUUAAUGUGAGUCAUAUAUUUUUGAUGUAAAAAUUAUAAAUAGCAAUUAGUGUGUUUGAGUCUGGCAAAUAGAAACAGAUGUACAGUAGUACUAAUACGGUGUCUUGAAAAAUAAUUACAUAUAUGCAUCAUUUAGAAAUAUUUAUACGGUUAUUUAUUCAAGGAAAGUAGAAAUAGAAAUAUGUCGCUUUGAGAGCUUUUGAUGUGUUGAUCAAUUUAUUGCGUUUAGAUGAAUUCAUAUUGUGUUGAGUACGUCUGAAAUAGUGUCGUGCAGAACGCCUUUAAGCUUCGUGAUCCUGGAAUUAGAAAUAGAUGGCGUUUAGAAGUACUCAUACUGUCUGGGUGAUCCAAACAGAAUGUUUGAGAUGCUAAACAUUUCCCAAAGGACAUAGUCUUAAGCUCAGUUCACGUCUUAAAAUUCCUUUUAAAUUAGCUUCAAAUGCGUGGCAUCAAGCCUUCCUCAGCCAACAAUAGAAAUGAAAAAAUAACAAAGAAAAGAGCACAGUAAACAACUCAAGCUUUAUGAGGAAGGCUUUAUGCCGAAACGACCUUGUCUUUUGUCCAGUUAUCUUAUUUCAAGCUUCCACAUACCUCGUUUCGCUAUUUCAUUCAUUUAUUAAGCUUGAAAGCAGUCCUUUCAUUUAUUAAAUCUAUGAGCAAGUCUAUUAUAACUAUUUAAAAAAUUCAAACUUGUUCACAGGACUCAUGAUGAGGAUGAUGUUGAUAUAUUUAAUUUUUUUUUUAAUUAAGAAACAGCAUAAACAUAUAAAGAAACAGUUGUCUGAAAGUCAUCUUGUUUUAAAUAACAUCGAAAGAUGCAAAUUUUUUAAAUGUCAACUUCUUAUCGGAUGAACGUUGACCACUGUAAAAUCAAAACCAUUGUUCAGUUACUUUUGAAAAAACUGUUAUUUUUUUAGACCUUUAAAAGGUAUCCAACCGACAACAGCAUUGCAAGGGAUUGGUUCGUUGCUCGCAUGGUCAGCUUUAGCCAUACUCAAACUGUUGGAGAUUACGUGUUCACUCAUUAUGACCGUGAUAGCGACAAUGACCUAGAUGUCUCAGACUUCAACGCCAUGUACACGCUUUUCGACAAGAACGGAAACGGUGUAGUUGUCCGUGAAGAAUUUAUCAGGUGAGCCAGUAGAAACCCCUUUUUUAAACUUUUGUGAAUAAACAUAUGUAUAUGCGAAUUUAGCCACUGCUUCUUUGUACCGCUGUUUACAAACUAUAUGUUAUGUAUCAGAUCCUUUUUUACUGUAAUAUCUUGUACAAUUUUGUGCAUGGUAUCAUACGACCAACAUUUCCGGUGCUGAGACCUAAAACAUUAAGUUACAAAUGGUACUAAUGUACUAGUAAAUACAGCAGUUCUCGUUAUGAGUAGUCCAUCUAAAAAUUUCUAAGAUCUUUAGAGAUACAGCAAUGUCGAGAAAUCUAUCGAUUGCUGGAGAGUUUGUGUCGCUAUUUUCUUCAUGGGUGGAUUCAAUCAGUUAAUUGGACGUCAUCAUCAUUCCCUUGGUUGAUGGGAUCGUCCACUUUGUUAUUUGGGACAUGUAAAUUAAUUGUCGGAAGACAAAAUGAUUUCAGUCCAUUUUUUAACAAUUCAGCUUCAUUUAGAAUUUUUUUUCUUAAACACAGAUCGUCCCUGUUGGUAAAAAAAACACAUUAACACUAUUUGUAAUAUACUUUUUAACUGUUGACCUCCUCCAAUAAACUUGUAUAAAACACUUAAUACAUAAAAUAGACACUAUUGAAAAUACUUAAGCCAAAGAAACAACAUUUUCAUAUACAAACUUUCAGUUUAAUGAAACACUCAAAAAUUAAAUUACUUUUGUAAAAAUCUUUUUCAGAUAUUAUGACCAAUUGCUCACCAAUGCGACUCUGUCCGGGUGAAAUUUCAACUGAAAAUGAACCGUUCUGCAACAAGUCAUCCCAAAUGACAUUAGUAAACUAAAACAAAGAUUAAAUUUUUUUUUUGGAAUUUAUUAGAUUGAACUAAAAAUGGAAAUAAUAAC